ACUAGCAUCGGCUCCGCCCCCGCCUGGCCGCACUCAUGCCACACUGGCUUAGGAAUGCGGACGGGAUUCAGAACAUGGGUGUUCGAUAAAAUUAGUGUGAAAAAUAGAUAUCAGUGAUGUCGUGUGCACGUGGGCGGGGCAAAAGAACGCAGAGAAGUCCGUGGUAUAAAACUAAAGCGGCCUGCCUUUGGAGACUCCGACACUAAUCCUGCGUUGCUGUGUGUGGCCACGGCACCUCGGGAGGAGGACCGGCAGAACGUCCGGUUGCAGGCGGGAAAGUCCAAGGUUACUAAAUGAGAACACUCCCAACCCGGUGCAGGCGGAGUGGAGCUGAUGCUGGACCUCUGCUCUCCAGCAGGUGGCAGUGGGAGGAAGGAUGACCUCAAAGUCCGUGUGCCUCCCUCCCCUCUGCAGGAGCACGAUGAUAUAAAAAAAAGUAAGCAUUUUCUGUUCUGAGUUAUUUGCACUGGUGUGUAUUUCUUAGGUUUGUUACCAUGACGACCAAACACAGACCGAUCACCAAUUCCUUCAAGGUGGUGAAGAAAACGCGGAGAGGAGGAAAACAGAACAAGAGCCCCACACCUCCUCCUGCUCCUUCUCCUCCUCCUGAGAGAGGAGACGACGUGUUUAAGACCACCAGGGAAGAGGAAUUACAGAAACUGAGACAGUUUGACCUGGACUGGAGGUUCGGGCCCUGCACAGGUAUCAGCAGGCUGCAGAGGUGGGACAGAGCACAGCUUCAUGGUCUGGAGCCACCUGAGGAGAUCAGAUACCUGCUGCUGCAAACACACACUGACGCUGAAUACAGACGGAGCCUGUGGAGGGACUACCCUUUCUGAAGGAGAGGAGCGGCCUCCUGGGAAAUUCAUCUUUUAAUAUAUUGACAAUUUUUGUAACCAUGUUUUCUGCCUUUGUUCUGCCGUCUGUGAAAACAUUUUAUUAUAAUCAGUAAACAACUGCCACCGAG